GCAUGAAUUUUCUAACGAGGUUCCCAUUAGCUCUACUUGGGUGUGUUUUGUUGGGACUUUGCAUAGUUGUCGGGGGUAACAGUCAUGACCGGCCUCCGUGCCCGACCAAAUCCCAUUCCUUCUUCUUCAUGGUUGGCUCCGCUAAAUGCAUAAGGUUACCGAGCUGUUCCCACAGCAACUGCAUCGCGGGGGAAGAGUGCCGAUGCACCGACUGCGGUCUUCGCUGCGAAACGCUAUGCCCAACGUCCGAGCGCGACUUCCAAUUCAUCGGCCACAAGGACGGACCGUGCAACCGGCCGGGAUGUGACGGUGGCGCACUGUGCUCGGGCCAUACCGAGGUGUGCCUGUGUGUGUCCGGUUGUGGGCACAGGUGUCUGAAGCUGUCCGAUCGUCAAACUCCCCCCACCACACAAGAGCCUAGGCCCUGUGAGCAGACAAGCGGCAACGGGAAAUUAGUUAUUCUGGGCGGGCUAAGGCUCAACCGGGAUGAAAUGUGCAGGGGACUGGCCCAUUGCAGCAGCCACGACGACUGCCCGGACCAUCAAAGUUGUACUUGCAACAGCAUAUGCGGACUGAGGUGCCUCAACAAGAUGGUGCCAGACCAGCCGACGACAAGCCGUCCAGCUCAUACUACAUCUUCGGGCUUCUCGCGCUUGACCUGUAGCAUCAACAAGACAGGUGAUCCAGGCUGCCGACGGAAAUGGUCCCUCUGUCGCCGCUACAAGCACCGUCACGUGUGCGGCAGUGACGGGCGCACCUACCGGACGCUCUGUCACUUCCGAGAGCAGAGGACCGCAGGAGUUGACGUCGCCCACCGCGGGCCCUGUCACCCCGAACACCAACACAUAGCCGCAGGGGGAUUCCGUGAUGGGUGCAAGGGUACCGUUGAACACGGCGGAGGUCAGACCAACGACACGGAAACUGAGGACACGGACGAUCAGGGAAGUAGAGAAUGUUCCAGUCACGGCCCGUUACCGACCGAGUCCAGCACUCCUCCAGACAAAGAACUUGCAACCACCUCGGCGUGCGACGCCCUGCUGCCCUGCAAGGACGACUCGGACUGCCGGCGGGGAUGCGAGAUCUGCCGCUGUUUUCUGGGUUGCGGAAUGAGAUGUGGAAACCCCGAUACUGAUGAUACGCCUACAGCAGCUGAUAACGCUCAAAACUCCGACCCUUCCGAUAGCACAACUACCUCAGCUGGUUCCAACUUCACGACACAUGCUGAAAUCCGUAGCCACGAUACCUCAGCAACCGACCCACCUCAAGCUAACACCGGACACGGACAGCCGCCAGGUACUACAGGGACGGUCCAAUAUUAAGCCGCUCGUCGCUAACCGGUGGAUGUAGACGUAGGACUGUGUUCAUGCGAUCCAACGACGUCCAAGGCUUGAACAAUUCACGGUCCGUUCGGGGCACCCCAAUGGAUACAUCACUUCAUCAAAAAACAACUCUGCAAAUUAUAGUUUUUACAAAUUACGUAAUUUUGAUACUCAAUAUACAUGUAUAAAUCCUUAAGUUUAAGGUGAAAAUUUGAAAACGUGCCCCCGUGUAAUGUAUAGUAAUGGUCGGCUGGUGCACCAAGUCAGAUUUUUUUCAUAACAUUCCAUUCCCUUCCCAUGUUGUUAAGAAACCUCCUGAUUAUGCACAAAACCACACCUCUCCGAAGAUCGCUUGCACUUUCCGUCACGUUAUAUCCCACAAUCCUUUACGGCCACCGUCUUUGGGGUCUCGCGUCCCCGCGCGCAAUUUAGGCAACACUUUCCAAUCUAAAAAAAAACCCGUUUUGCGCUCACGUACAGAGAUCACUGCGGAUGAAGAACCCAAUUAUGUACAAGUGUUGUAAUCAAGAGUCGCUGUAAGACUAGAUACUUACGUCGUUGAUGAAGGAUAAAAGAGAUUCACGGGAAAGUAAUGACGUCAGUGCAAACGGUCAAUUGUGCUCACCCCUCUGUUACGGGGGAAUCUGUGGGAUAUUUUACUUAAACGUGCAAGUGUGUCGGCCUUAAACUGUGCAAGGGGUGGCAUUACCGACAUGCAAAGACAGGGUACGAGGUGGUGAUGCUCGGGAGUAUGAACACAUGUAUAUUCAGUUUGUUGCGGGAAGGAGGACGUGGGUGGGACCAUUAAAGCUGUAAAUACCAUCAAAACUAUUGCACAGUAAAACCCUUAAAGAUUGCUAGCUGGAUUCUUUGUCCAAAAAAAAUACAUGUUUAUACGUCAACAGUAAUAUCGUUUACGUUAUUUUUGUUUAAUCUAGGCUUGUGAAGAAAAAAAGGUCACCGAUAACAGUGACCCACAUUAAACUUUGGCACUGCAUCCUUUGUCACAGUGAUGGAGAAGUACGGAAGAAAUCCGGAAGAAUGUAGGGCCUACUGUAUUUAACCAUUCGUACGGCGGUCCGACUAACAUUCGUAUGGCGGUCCGACUAACCAUUCGUAUGGCAGUCCGACCCACAAAAUAAUGUAGGCCUCAUAAUCGAGGCGAAUGCUUACUAAAGAAACGAAUAUAGCAGAUACGUAUAUUUACUCAGGUACAUGAACUAUUAAAGUUCAUUAGUCUCAAUCGAAUAUGCACCUAGGUAAAUAGGUGAGGGUGAAACAGUUCUGCUUUGAUACGGGAUGCCGAACUGGUCUUGACUGAUGUACAGGAUAUCAUUGUAUAGAAUGCUUUCAAAUUCGUCAACUUUACCUUUCGUGGUACAGUUUUCUUAGCGCACAGAAGGUAGUUUUUUUCGCAGUUAAUACUGCCAUUCGAUAUAAAUUGUAAACCAGGGACCGUGUCCCAACAAAAACCGCUUCAGUUGCUGUAUAGAUGUGAAGUGAUUAGAGCCCUCACCACAUGUUCUAUUUGCUCUCAACGGCUGUUCUGCAAACCCAGUCUUCAGGGCUAGGGAUUUAUUUUAAUAGUAUUGAGCGUUCUAAGAGUCCCUUCCACUAGUAAAGUCACCCAUGGUGCUGUAAAAAUCCAGGAGGCAUUCUUUCAACCCGAAACACGCACUGCUGAAACAAACCAAUACACUUACUAUGGAAAGAUGUCCAAAUGCCCAACUGAACACCGAAAUAAACACUCGAUCUACGCUUUGUAUUGUGGCUAUGGGCGUAAAUCCGGGGGGGGGUAUAUACCUCCACACCGCUUCAUUGAGGUGGUGGGGUAGGCUAUUGAAUCACCCCCCCCCCCACACACACACACACUCUCUCUCUCUCUCUCUCUCUCUUGUGUGAGCAAAAACAUUAAAGCGGUUUGUGAAGAAUUUGUUUAGAUUUCCAACGAUAAAAAUGCAUUCGAUAUCACUCAAAAAAGGAAAACCAGUUUGAAAAAGCCAUAAAUAAGCCAUUUUGAAUACAUAAUUACGGAUGUAUUGCACAUUGACCUCUACAUAGAGUCACAUGGUGUAAUUCCCUCCCUCACUUUUCAAAUUUUCAUGUUCGGGCAAAGUCACCCCCCUUCCCCCUAUUUUCGGCACAAAUUUAUGUCACUUCAUGCUUCUAGCCUGUAGUCAUAGAGGCGUCCUUCGGGAAUUUCAGAGGGGAUCAAGACGAUGUUUAUGCACGAUCAACGCACAAAAUCAGCGCGCAACUCGAAAAAAAAGAGGUUUCUGCAGCAACUUUCUCUUUCGUACUUAAACUUCAAAAUGCACCCAAGCGAAGGUUUGAAAGGAUAUGCGUCAACAAGGAGAAACGUAUCGGUUUGUUUUGUUCAGAGUACACCUCUUUCUGGUGUACUUUGAGCAAAGUAAGUUGAUAAAUUUCUUUCUUGUGACCUUAACUACCGCAGUGUCUAUGCAGUUACAGUCUAACAUUUGUCAAUACAAAGGGUUGCAUAAGUUCGGGGCAGAGCCCGAGUAGAGCCCCGUUAUCUGCGAAUCAAUACAUGUAUCAAAGUUUAUUUACUCAAAAAGAAAUGUUGAAACUGGAGCAUUAGUUCCGUUAUUUAAUCAGGUUUUUUUGGGUAACAAAAUAAACCUUUGUGAGAUAGGCUCCCGAAUUUUUGUUGCUGACGAUGAAUUGAACGAGCGGAGUAUAUUGUUACGAAUACAUGUACAUCAAUUUAUCUUUUUCACGGGGCAAAAUCCUAUCACACUAAAAGUCAAACAUU